UACAAGAAUUAAACGAAAAUGAGCGGCAGAGGCAAAACCGGUGGUAAAGCCAGAGCAAAGGCUAAGACUCGUUCAUCCAGAGCCGGGCUUCAGUUUCCCGUCGGCCGUGUUCACAGACUUCUUCGCAAGGGUAACUAUGCAGAGCGCGUCGGCGCUGGAGCUCCAGUUUAUCUCGCCGCUGUGCUCGAGUAUCUUACUGCUGAGAUCCUGGAGUUGGCUGGAAACGCCGCUCGUGACAACAAGAAGACUCGCAUCAUUCCCCGCCAUUUACAGCUGGCAGUGCGUAACGACGAGGAGUUGAACAAACUCUUGGGUCGCGUGACCAUCGCUCAGGGCGGUGUGUUGCCCAACAUCCAGGCUGUGCUGCUGCCAAAGAAGACCGAGAAGCCCGCUAAAGCAAAGUAAACCCCGAUUUUACAAAAACGAAACAAAGGCUCUUUUAAGAGCCACC